AGCAACGACGACAUCAACAAACAACGAAGCUAAGAGCGGCUCCUUAUUGCAAAAGGACACGAACUGAAUGUUGCGCGGAGUGGAAGUGAUGUCGUUGUCAGAGCCGCGUAUUGUAGCUGUAGCUGUAGCUUAAGURGGCGUGGCUGCAUUCAUGAUGCGACUGGCGAAGCUGACGCAAAGCUUAUCGCUCAGAAAUGCAACGCAAAAGUGCGCGGAUCAGUCGCACGCCAAGCGUCACGGCAGCAGCAGCAGCAACGGUGCGGGGCAGAGCAUUGGCAGCAGCGUCAACGUCAACGGCCUGGCGGCCACAGCGCCAGGGACAGCAGCGACGCGGAGCAGCAGCAGUAGCGGCGGCAGCGGCACCGGCACCGGCACCGGCAGUGGCAGUUGCAGUGGCCACACCAAUAGUACCAAGCGCAAAUCGAAGCCACGGACAAAGUGUUUCAGUGGCACAGUGUUUCGCUGUUGCCUACCUUGUCGCGGGGGCGGCUCCGCAGCCCCCGCCACAAGUCCGCCCCAAACUCCCGCGCAGACACCGGACGAACUGAAACCCAAGGCGCAGACAGCAUCAGCAGAGGCUCUGGCAGAUAAGGGCCUGUCCCAGCAACAACAACAGCAACAACAGCAGCAACAACUCGACACCGACUUGGAGGCAAUUGGUGGCGGUGAAAAGAAACAUUCGCUCGCAGAUACAAUCGGUACAUCGGUCACCACGCCCAUCUCCCUGAAGACCCUCAUCAACGACGUUGACGAGGAUUUGGAACAGCAGCUGAGCGCAGCGGACAUUGCAGCCGCCAGCUUGGCCAGCGGCUUGGUAGCCAGACGCGCCGAGCCCGAAACCCUUAGCGACGCCAGCGUCUCACCCACCGUGGUGGUGCUGCAGCUCUCGCACACAGUGACAGCUAGCACUGCGCCCAGCCUAGCGCUGCCCGAAGUGACCAGCUUGACGACAGCCAACACAGCAUCAACAGCAGCAACACUGCUGUCCACAACCACAAGCAUCUCCUCCACGUCGCCGUCGCCCAGCGGCAUCUAUCAAUCAGUUAAUCAACCGUCGAGCAGCAGCGGCGGCGUAGCUACUGGAGCAACGCCACCAACAGUACCAGCAGCAACCACAGCAGCAGCAGCAGGCGUAGCAAGUGGCUCAACCACGCAACAGCGUUGCAGUUGCCAGCCGCAGACCUCACCACUGCCCCACAUUAAGGAGGAGGAAGAGUCCGAGCAGCAGCAUCUGCAGCAGGCCGGCAACAACCGGCAGCCGAUUAGCAGCAGUCCCAUCAAGGGCCUUGAGGAGCCUCUGCCGCCGAUUACCAUUGCCGGCGGCGGCUAUUGUGGCAGCUGCGAGAGUGUGCACCACAGCUCGGGCACUUCAUCGUCGGCCACAGCCGGUGGCGGUGCCGUACAGCCGGAUUACGGUGGCGGCGCAUCGACGCCAUCGCCGCGCAUCAAGCUCAAAUUUCGCAAGCCGCACAAAUCGUGCUGGUCACGCAUUGUACUCGCGCCCAUUGGCAGCAGCGGGGGCGGCUCAUCGUCGGCAACCGUUAUUGGCAGCAACUCGAACGAGACUCUAGCGUCGAGCGGCAGCACCGGCAACACAAACACAAACAACAGCAGCAGCGUCAGCGUCGCUGCCCAUCAUCGCCUGGCCUCGUCCUCGGCAUCGGCGCUCGCCUCGCAUCCCAGCAACUCGCAGCUGCUGCCCACCACCAAAAUGCAGGCCGAACAGGGCUCCAUUGGUGAUCUGCAGAAGUAUCACAGUCGCUAUCUCAAGAAUCGACGACAUACUCUGGCCAACGUACGUUUCGAUGUAGAAAAUGGCCAGGGCGCCCGAUCACCACUUGAGGGCGGCUCACCCAGCGCUGGUUUGGUUCUACAGAAUUUACCGCAACGUCGCGAAUCCUUUUUAUAUCGCUCCGAUUCGGACUUUGAGAUGUCACCAAAGUCAAUGUCCAGGAACUCAAGCAUUGCUAGCGAAAGGUUUAAAGACCAGGAGGCCUCUAUACUCAUUGACAGAUCCCAUGGCGAGGAUCUCAUUGUAACGCCGUUUGCCCAAAUUUUAGCCAGCUUACGUUCAGUGCGCAACAAUUUAUUAAGUCUGACAAAUGUACCAGCAUCAAACAAAUCCAGGCGGCCAGCUCAAUCAUCAUCCGGACGGGGCGGAAAUGCUGGCGGUGUCCAACUAGCACAAGGCGAUGAAGCCUACACACGCCUAGCCACCGAUACUAUUGAGGAACUAGAUUGGUGUUUGGAUCAACUGGAGACCAUACAAACGCAUCGCAGUGUCUCUGACAUGGCGUCGCUAAAGUUCAAACGCAUGCUCAACAAGGAGCUAUCACACUUCAGCGAGUCCAGCAGAUCGGGCAAUCAAAUAUCCGAGUAUAUUUGUUCAACAUUUUUGGACAAGCAGCAAGAGUUCGAUUUGCCAUCACUGCGCGUCGAAGAGAACCCGGAUCACUCGAACUUACAGACCACCACUCAACAGCAGCCGUAUCAGCGCAGUCGAUCGCCGCGUGGUCCACCCAUGUCACAGAUCAGCGGCGUGAAACGGCCCUUGUCGCACACGAACAGUUUUACCGGGGAGCGCUUGCCCACGUUCGGCGUAGAGACUUCCAAAGAGAACGAGCUGGGCACUCUGCUCGGGGAACUUGAUACGUGGGGCAUUGAGAUAUUCAAAAUUGGCGAGCUGAGCUGCAAUCGUCCGCUCACCUGUGUGGCAUACACCAUAUUUCAGAGUAGAGAAUUACUGACCAGUCUUAUGAUACCACCGAAAACUUUUCUUAACUUUAUGACUACUCUGGAGGACCACUACGUCAAAGACAAUCCGUUUCACAAUUCGCUGCAUGCCGCUGACGUGACACAGAGCACAAAUGUGCUACUAAAUACACCGGCAUUGGAAGGUGUAUUUACGCCCCUCGAGGUGGGCGGAGCGCUGUUCGCCGCUUGUAUACACGAUGUUGAUCAUCCUGGCUUAACCAAUCAAUUUUUGGUUAAUUCAAGUUCCGAACUAGCAUUAAUGUACAAUGACGAAUCUGUUUUGGAAAAUCAUCAUUUAGCUGUUGCCUUCAAAUUAUUGCAAAAUCAAGGAUGUGAUAUAUUCUGUAAUAUGCAAAAGAAACAACGCCAAACAUUGAGGAAAAUGGUUAUUGAUAUUGUGCUCUCUACGGACAUGUCCAAGCACAUGAGCCUACUGGCCGAUCUGAAAACUAUGGUGGAGACCAAGAAAGUGGCCGGAUCUGGAGUUCUGCUCCUGGAUAACUAUACAGAUCGCAUACAGGUACUUGAAAAUCUGGUGCACUGCGCUGAUCUGAGCAAUCCCACCAAGCCAUUGCCGCUGUACAGGCGUUGGGUGGCGCUGCUUAUGGAGGAGUUCUUUCUACAGGGCGAUAAGGAACGUGAACAUGGCAUGGACAUCAGUCCGAUGUGCGAUCGCCACAAUGCAACCAUUGAGAAGUCGCAAGUGGGCUUCAUCGAUUACAUUGUGCAUCCACUGUGGGAGACAUGGGCCGAUCUGGUGCACCCAGAUGCCCAAGAUAUACUCGAUACGCUUGAAGAGAACAGAGACUACUAUCAGAGCAUGAUACCGCCAUCGCCGCCACCAUCGGCCGCCGAUGAAAUGCCGCAGGACGAGAAGAUACGCUUCCAGGUAACGCUCGAAGAGUCCGAUCAAGAGAAUUUGGCGGAACUGGAGGAGUGCGAUGAGAGCGAGAGCCGAGAUGCCUGCUCCAGCACAACCACAGGGACAACGGCCCCAAGUGCGGCAGGAGGCGGCUCCGCUGGCGGUGGAAAGCCGUCUGGGAGUCAAAAUCAGGCGCCACACGGUGGAAUAUGACGGAGAGUCGUGGGAAUUUAUCGCAAAUUUACGGAAAAGGCGCAUAGCUUCUUCCUAAUACGUUAGUGACUAUAAUUAACAAAACAAAAAA